GAGGAGGAGGAGGAGGAGGAGGAGGGGUGGCUGUUCGAGGCUCGACGCGGGACGGUUGCGCUCCUGGAUUUUACCCCGCUGGCACGGAGCUGGUGUCGGCCGUGAAUAUGGAAUGAGAAAGGAAGGAGGCUGGAGAUGGGCCGCCUUUAACAUUGGCUUCAACAUCCUCGGUCGGCGGCUCGGUUCGGACAUGGAUGAGUUCCACCCCUUCAUUGAGGCGCUGCUGCCGCAGGUGCGCGCCUUCGCCUACACGUGGUUCAACCUGCAGGCCAGGAAGAGGAAGUACUUCAAGAAGCACGAGAAGAGGAUGACCAAAGACGAAGAGCGGGCCGUUAAGGAAGAGCUCCUCGGCGAGAAGGCAGAGGUGAAGCAGAAGUGGGCCAGUCGCCUUCUGGCCAAACUGCGGAAAGACAUCCGUCCAGAAUGUCGAGAGGACUUUGCCAUGUCGGUGACGGGCAAGAAGGCGGCCUGCUGCGUCCUGUCCAACCCCGACCAGAAAGGCAAAAUGCGACGCAUCGACUGCCUCAGACAGGCCGACAAGGUGUGGCGGCUGGACCUGGUGAUGGUGAUCCUGUUCAAGGGGAUCCCGCUGGAGAGCACAGACGGCGAGCGUCUGGUCAAGGGUGGCCAGUGUGCCAACCCGCUGCUGUGCGUGCAGCCCGGGCACAUCUCCGUCUCCGUCAAGGAGCUCGACCUUUACCUGGCCUACUACGUCCAUCACAGAGAGGCCGAGGAGGGGAGCAGUCCCGCUCGGACGGCGUCCGAUCAGGAGGACGGUCGCGGCACCGCAACGGACGGUCCCGAGUUCCGAGAUGCCUUUGUGACCUCUGGAGUUUUCAACGUCACCGAGCUGGUGCGGGUGUCCAGAACUCCCGUCGUCUCAGGGGUGGCGCCGAGUUUCUCCAUUGGCGAGCUUCAAGGCCACCUGGCCUACGAUCUCAACCACGCAAUCCCCCAGCCCGUCAACAUGCGCCGUUCGCUCGCCAGCACCUCGUCUGGCGGGAGCAAGCGGCAUAAAUCUGGCUCCGUGGAGGAGGAGGUGAACAGUCCAGGAGGAGAAUAUUACCACUCGCCGUCCUCCCCGGCCAGCAGCUCCAGAAACUGGACGGACGACAUGGAAGGAGGUGUGUCUCCUCCAGUGAAGAAGGCCGAGCUGGAUAGUCCUUCAGCCCGAGAGGACUCGCCCAGGUCCUUCACUCAGCAUCAUCGGCCCGUCAUCGCAGUGCACAGCGGCCUGUCCCGCCCUCACCCGUCGCCGUCUUUGCACUUUGCCUCCUCGUCCUACUUCCCGCACGGAGCCAUCCGUUACCCUCCUCACUUAGGCCAGGACCCACUGAAGGAUCUGGUCUCCCUGGCCUGUGAGCCCGCCAAUCAAAGCUCGCAUAAUGGCAGCAACCAGCUCAAAGCAAGCGGCCACUACCUGUCCUCUCAGAUGCUGGCGCCCGGCCUGGGGCCGUCGUCCUUGGGUCGGCCCGCCGACGUCAAGCCCGCCGGCACCUCCUCGGACGCGGCCACGAGCUCGCCCACGUCGCCAACGUACUCGGCUCCCGGAACCCCGGGGACGCCCCCCGCUGCUCGUUCCUCCUUUGUGGGCAUCGCGCCUCGAGACCCCGGUGGACUCUACCAAGCCCAGUCACCCCCGGCCGGAGAAGGCGGCCGCCACGGCAGGACCUGAGGAGCCGAGGCGCACCACAUCAGAACUGCAAUGAGGAACGUGGCCAUUGUGAGCAACAGCCGCCAUCAUUCAGGCAACGCACUUGAAGAGGGUCGAGCAACGGCGACAGCCAAUCAAUUAGUCGCACGGGAGGACAAACGGCGCACACCUGCUAUGCAUCUCGUUUGUGACUUGCAAUCAAGCGCCACCUCAGAUCACGUGAAUGGGGAGGAAACCCACAAUCAAGGUUGAAUAAUGUAAAUAACAGCAACAUUUUGUUGGUGGGAGACUUGGUUUUAUUGUUUGAAGAGCAAAGUCAUUCAUUUUUAGGAGAAAAACUAGUCAGUCUUCAGUAUCUUUUUCCCAUUUGCUUCAUUUAAAAAAAAUGUUCAUGCAUCCAUUUUCAACACGAUCACCAUCCCGGUGAGGGUCAGCUGACAUCGGGCCGAAGGAAGAGUACACUCCGAACUGGUUGCAGGGAACCAAUAAAACAUUUGCCCCGUAAAAUUCCUCUCAGAAUGUGGUCAUUUUCUUUGUUCCUCAAUUUUAUUUAUGAAACAUUUUCAUGUUUGACAUGUCCCUCAAUUUCCUUCAUCUAUAUCCAACUCACAGUAUUUGCAGCAAAGAAUUUUUUGUCAAGUCAAGUUUA